GCGGAAGUAGCUUACUUGUUUGCUGUUGGCUGUUGAGUCGCUGCUGUCAUCUCAUCAGUCAGUUUUGUCGCGGUCGUAUUUCAAGCUUUGAUUUAUUUAAAAACUUUCAUUCGAUUCCGCCUUUGGGGAAGGCAAAGUUUGACUUGAUUCCGCUUGUGUGGGAGCGACGACGUCAAACAUGGCGGAGUCCAAUUCUCAGAUUCACUAUGGCCGUCUGACAGCCGAGGAGAUGGAUGAGCAGAGGCUCCAAAAUGUGGCCUAUCACUACUUGUGUCGACUGGAGGAGGCAAAAAGGUGGAUGGAGGCAUGCCUGGGGGAGGAGCUUCCCGCUCCCACCGAGUUGGAGGAAGCGUUGAGGAAUGGCGUCAUUCUCGCCAAACUGGGCCAUCGCUUUGCGCCUUCCGUGGUUCCUCGGAAGAAGAUUUACGACUGGGAGCAGCUGCGCUACAAGGCUAUGGGUGUUGAUUUUCGUCACACUGACAACAUCAACCACUGGAGGAACGCCAUGAUGUCGCUUGGGCUGCCAUCGAUCUUCCAUCCGGAGACCACAGACAUUUACGACAAGAAGAACAUGCCCAGAGCUGUUUAUUGCAUCCAUGCACUCAGCUUGUACCUGUACAGGCUUGGCCUUGCUCCGCAGAUAACUGACCUUUGUGGGAAGGUCAACUUUACAGUGGAGGAGAUCAACAACAUGAGGCUGGAAUUGGACAAAUACGGCCUGCAGCUUCCUGCCUUCCACAAAAUUGGAGGAAUUCUGUCCAAUGAAUUGUCAGUGGACGAGGCGGCGGUCCACGCGGCGGUGAUCGCCAUCAAUGAGGCCGUGGAGAGUCGUGAUGUCGGGGCGACGGCCCGGGCUCUCAGGAACCCCAAUGCGCAACUCACUGACCUGCAGGAGGCGCUGAUGAGCGUCUACCAGGCGAAGCUGUUUCAGGCCAAACAAAGAAAAGAGCAGCAGGCGGCCAGUCGGGGUGGAGCCUCGGAAGAGAAAGAUCUGUACGAGGAGUUUCUGACUCACCGAGAAAUCCAGAACAACAUCAACGUGGUCAACGUGAGAUGGGCGGUGGAGCAAGUGGACGAAGCCGUGGAGGCCGGCGACGAGAAGGCUCUUGCGUACGCCCUGCGACUGCCGUGUUUGGCCCUCACCGACGUCCUCGGCGCCAACGGGCGCUGCUACCUGGAGAGUCUGGCGGCCGAGCGCGACGCAAAAGCGCCGGAGCCGCUGGAGCCUGACGAGCUUCAAGAAGUUAUCCACAUGGCAAACUGGGAAGCCUGCGCAGACGCCAAGAUGCAGGCAGCGCUGGACAGUGUCAACCAAUCGUUGCGGGGCAGCGACCCCCAGCACACGGUCAGCUGUCUGAUGUCCUCUGAUCUUCAGCUGCCCGCGGUCUUCCCUCAGCUGCUACAGACGCACGCGGCCCAGGGGGUGCUGCAGCAGGAAGAGCUGUUUGUUGCCGUGGAGAUGCUAUCUGCCGUGGUGCUUGUCAAUCAGGCGGUGGAGGAGCGAAACCUGCAGCAGCUCAGCUCCUUAUUGGCCAGUUCGUCUGUGGGCUUGGCUGAUGUGGACCACACCCUGAUGGACAAGUAUUUGUGGUGCCUCUCCGAGAUGAAGCAAUCGGCCGGCCGAGAAGCGCUGACCUGGAAUCAACUUCAGGAAGGAAUCAAGCUGGCCAACACCAACGCGCUGGCCCAACAUCAGCAGAUCUUGGCCCUCCAAGCGGUUAAUGAGGCUUUGAUGAGCGGAGAUGCUCACCGGCUGCUUUCUUCACUGCUACUGCCCUCUAGUGGAGUGGAGGACAUCCUGCCCGCCAACUCCUACAGAUACCUCCACUUGAUGAGCGCUGCCCGGCAACUGAAAGCUCAGCUCAGCAAAGAUGCGGGAGCUGAGCUGUGGUUGGCUGACAUCCAGGAAGUAGUGAGACGAGCCAAUCAGGAUACUCGGAAAGCUUUGAAGUUGUGUCUGGGGGUGGCAGCUGUCAAUCAAGCAGUAAAAGAGAAGCAGGCUGCGCAGACGCUGCGAGUGCUGUCGCUACCAGAGGUGGCGCUGCAGGGUGUGACAAGGCGCUGCGCAGCAGAGUACCAGCAGCAACUCGCUGCUUUGGUGCAGCGCAAGGCCAGCGCAGGAAACAACAAGAGUCCGUGGGUGGAAUUCACAACGGAAGACGGCUCGUUGUUCUUCUUCCACCUGAACAGACUGGAAGGCACGUGGGAGAGACCGGACGGGUUCGUCCACAACAACUUGUUCUUGGACCAGCAUGACAUCCAGGAAGUGGUCAGCGGCGUGUGGUCGACGCACCAGCGCCAAGAGCUUUGGGCCGACAACAGAGCUUUGGUUGUCCGUCUGCAGGCGGCCAUUCGGGGAUUCCUCACCCGCCGCAAUCUCGCGGCUCGCCGAAGUUACCUGCGCGGCCACAUCCGCGCUGUCAUCCUCAUCCAGGCUCACUGGAGGAGGUUCAUCCAGCAGAGAGCGUACAGGCGGCGGCUGGAGUUCCUCUACGGCAACUGGAGGGCGGCGGUCAAGAUUCAAGCCUUCGUGAAGAUGUGCUUCGCCAGGAGAAAAUAUCUGGCACGGUUGAGGUUCUUCCGACAAAACGUGGGCGCCAUUGUAAAGAUCCAAACUUUCUUCCGAGCGAGUCGGGCGCGGGCCGAGUACAAGAUGCUGGUACAAUGGGACACGCCCCCUCUGAGUGUACUCAGGAAGUUCAUCCACUUGCUGGAUUUGGGCGACGGCGACAUCAGGGAGGAGGCGGAGCUAGUGCGUCUUCAGCAAGAAGUGGUCCGAACCAUCCGCUUCAACCGGCAGCUGGAGGCCGACCUGGACCUGAUGGACUUGAAGAUCGGGCUGCUGGUGCGCAACAGGGCCACCCUGCAGGAAGUGGCGUCUCACUGCAAGAAGCUGACCAAGAAGAACAAGGAGAAGCUGUCGUCCAUGAUGGACGUGGAGAGGAGCAAAGGCCUGAAGGCGCUGAGCCGAGAGCGGAGGCAGAGACUGGAGGCUUAUCAGAAUCUCUUCUAUCUGCUCCAAACUCAGCCGUCCUACUUGGCGCAGCUGAUCUUCCUGAUGCCGCAGAGCCGCUGCUCGUCCUUCAUGGAGAUGCUCGUCUUCAGCCUGUUCAACUACGGAGCGGACGAUCGGGAAGCCUUUCUGCUUCUCCAGCUCUUCACGCAGGCGCUACACUUCGAGAUCAGGUCCAAUGUGAGCGAGCCCCGGGACGUGAUCAGGGGGAACCCCUUUGUGAUCAAGAUGCUGGUCAACUUCUACCGACACGAGCGCGGUCGCAACGUCCUGCGGGAGGUGCUGGGUCCGGCGCUGCGCGACAUCUUGGCCGACGGCGACCUCGACGUCAGGACCGACCCCCUGGAGGUAUACAAGACCUGGAUCAACCAGACGGAGAGCCGGAGCGGAUUCAAGAGCUCGCUUCCCUACGACGUCUCCCCCGAGGACGCUUUGUCUCACCCCGAAGUCCGGCGCCGCGUUGACAUCGCCGUGGUCAACCUGCACAACCUGACCCAGAGAAUCCUUAAGGCCAUCACGUCCAACGUCGACAAACUCCCAUAUGGCUUCCGCUACACAGCCAAGGUUCUUGGAGACACCCUGAGGUCAACCUUUCCGGCUGCCAGCGAGGAUGACGUCUACAAGGUGCUUUGCAACCUGGUGUAUUACCGCUUCAUGAAUCCCGCCAUCGUGGCGCCGGAUGCUUUUGACGUGUUGGAGCCUUCGGGGGUGCCGGGAGGGCUGCGGCCAGAACGGCGGCGCCUGCUGGGCUCGGCGGCCCGCCUGCUGCAACGCGCCGCCGCCGGCGAGCUCUUCCUCGGAAGCGGCGAGCACAUCGCCGCGCUCAACCGCUACGUCACGCACGCGCACGCCACCUUCAGGAAGUUUGUACGGCGCGUGUGCGACGUCCCCAAUCCGUCUCAGCACUUCCGGAUGGACGAGUACUCGGAGACGCUGAUCGUCAGUCGGCCGCUCGUCUACAUCUCGCUGGGCGAGCUGCUCAAUACGCACAAGCUGUUGCUGGAGCACCGCGAUGCUUUGUGUCCCGAGCCCUCGGACCAGCUCAGACUUCUACUCGCCGAUGUCGGGCCUCUUCCAACCCUACAGGAGCUUGUGGGUACUGCAACUACGACAGCCCCAGCCGAUCCAGGGUGCGAGUGGGCUUGGAGCAAGACGGAAGUUUCUCUGAUGCUCACAAACAAGUUUGAAGUUUUCGACGAGCACGACGACGACUCGGCUGACACGGGCGCGCUGCUGCUCUCCACCAAGCAGCUGAUGGCGGACGUCAUCCGGACGCAGCCGGGGGACACGCUCGCCGACGUUCUCAGAGCUGCUGUGUCGCCCGACCAGGAACUGCGCCACAAGGAGCUGAUGCAUCGCCGCAUUGCGCAAGAUGCAAACACGCCGGACAAAAUGAAGAGGAGGACAUCCACCUUGGCCACCACCUCCUUGAGCCUGGAGGAGAAGAAGCGAAAGAUCGGCAGAAGCGUUCGCCGUCUGGAAGCGUUGGGCGUCCUCCCGGCGGCACGCGGCCACGAGCGCAUCCUCAAAAUGAUUGCGCAGGACGUCCGCAACCAGCGCGUGCACCGCCGGCGUCGGGGCGGAGAGCUUGUGAAACUCGGCCAGACACUGCGCGGCCUGCGCGACAAAAGCAACUUUCUCGGCCAGCAGGUGGACUACUACGGGCAUUACAUCGCUUCCUGUCUGGACAAGCUGACAGUCAACGAGCGAGCCGCCGUGAAGAAAAUGGCAGAUGCGCGAGCGAAGAAGAAAGCUCCUGUCAUGAGUUACACGGCCACGCGCCUACAUGAGAAAGGUGUUUUGCUGGAGAUCCAGGACCUGCCCUCCACCCAGUUCAAGAACGUGGUCUUCGAUAUCGUCAGGGGCGCCGAGAAAGGAAGCUUCCUCAUCAAAGCUCGCUUCCUCGGCGUCGACAUGGAAGAAUUCCACAUCAAAUAUCAGGACCUGCUCCAGCUCCAGUAUGAAGGCGUGGCGGUGAUGAAGAUGUUUGACAAAGCAAAAGUUAACGUCAACUUGCUCAUCUUCCUCCUCAACAAAAAGUUCUUCAACAAAUGAAAAGAAACUCCCGUGUUUGUGCGUGUGUCUUUAUUCAUGUUUCGUUUCAUCAAUAGAUAACCAACAGGUCCUGUAUACAUAUUUGUUUGUUUUUUUCACAUUUAUCAAUAAAUAAUAUUUUGUGUAAGACAAAA